AUGACGACGAACUGUUUCAGUUUAAACAACGAGGUUUUUUGUCCUCUUCCCCAACGUAUUGGUCGACAACAACGAUUAGAGAACAACAACAGAGCAAGCGCGGGGGAUAGAAGAAGACGCAAAGGAGGAGGAUGCGUUGUUUUCGGGUCUAUGAAUCCGAACGGACGACGCACCGCGGCGGGAGGUGUGGAAGAGACUAUCGCGCACAGGAGAUUUUCUGCCGGUGGAAAUCAACAAAGAAAAAGUGUCUCUUCUGUGAAUACGAACAAAGACAAUACGAACAGUACUAUCAACAGUAAUAAUUCCGGUGCUCCAUCACCGCCGCAAGCGAAGCAGGUGGAAAAUACCGAAAACACGAGUAACAGUAACAACAAGGUGAAGAUUGUGAACGGCGACAAGUCCAAAGGUGAACUAGAACUACCCAGACAAUCGGACUACGACAGUAAAAACAACACAAAAAAUCGAACGAGAACAAACGGGGCGCCGAUGACGAAGCUCUUACGAACACCUAUGGCUGGAGGCGUCGUUACAGCGGGGUCGAGGGAUAAAGAACUUCCACCGCUUUCAAUUGCCGCUAGGAAUUUGAUGGAACAAGCCGAUUAUGCCGAUUUGAGCACGACGAUGAAUGCGUUGCACCACAGGAGAGCUGGGUAUCCUUUCUGUUCGACAGUUGAUUUCGCCACGGAUUCCACUGGUCACCCGAUCUUUUGCCUAUCUCCUCUAGCAAUACACACGAGAAAUAUUGCCGGGGAUCCAAAAUGUUCUUUGACGGUAAAAAUGAACGGUUGGGGUGGUUUAGCGAACGCCCGAGUCACCUUAUUCGGGGACGUCUACAAACUACCGAAAGGAGAGUACUCGGCGGCGGCGAAUGAAAUAUUUAAGAACAAAUAUAGCACGCGAAAAGAGAGCACGGAAUUAGAGGACUUAUGGGGUGAUUACUCGUUUUUUAGAAUGAACAGACUGAUUGACGCGUAUUUUGUCGGUGGAUUUGGAUCUUUGAAUUGGAUCAACAUGGAAGAGUAUAAGAACGCCGCUCCGGAUGCAAUCGUCACGCCUUCGCACGAUCGUAACGUCCUCGAUACAUUGGCACAAUUGAAUACGCGCUACUCGGGUGAGCUAAUGAAGUUGGUUGAAAACGGUUGCGAUGACUUAUGGGUCAUUUCAAUAGAUAAAUUUGGCAUGGAAGUUCGCGUUCGCGUCGGCGGGAGUUCGUACAUCACCCGAGUGAAGUUUCCGGAUGCGGUGACGACGUACGAAGAGGCAUGCCGAGCUUGCGAAGAGAUUAUUGAACUCAAGUCGUAUUUAGACUCUUGA